UAUUGUUGUGAAUUUAUUUCAGUAACCCACGAAGGGUGGACAUGCUCACUUGGUGUGUUCCCGGUCAGUAUAAAAAACGACGACUUUUUGAAAUUUGUGCAUAUGCCGGAAUCUGUGGUGAAAAAAGAAGCGAUAAGAACGAAGAUCCUCGGUAGUGAUCCACCAAAAGGGUCGCGAUUUUUCUUCUCCGUUGAGCGAUUCGAUUACACCAAAGGAAUCAAGGAGAAGCUGUUAGCAUAUCAGCGGUACUUUGAAAAAUACCCUGACCGCAUUGGGAAAGACGUCCUCUAUCAGGUCGCUGUCACCAAUCGCCGCUCCGUAGACACGUAUCGAGUGUACCAAGAUGAAUGCAUAGCCCUUGCGGAGAAAAUCGUGCAACAAUUCAAGGAUCCUCAACGACCGGAGUGGAAGCCGCUCAUCUUCCAAACGACGCUUGCUCCUUUUUUGUUCCUUAGCGCUCACCAAAAGCGCAACGGUUUACUGAGUUACUGGCUUUCCUUUCAACAGAUGCUAUUUGAAUAUUUCGGAGGAUUGCCACGUCCAGAAUUGGUAGCAGCAUAUAUGGCGAUGGAUAUUGGGAUCGUUACUCCGAAGAAAGAUGGCAUGAACCUGGUGGCUAAGGAGAUGAUGGUCUGCAAUCCACGAGCUGGCCUCAUUCUCUCCACCGGUGCAGGUUCAGAGAUCCAGUUCACCACUUCAGGUCUUUACAAAGAAGAUGGCGAGAAAAACUACCAUCGAAUUUCGAAUCUGUUUGACGUCGAGGCCUAUGCAGACGCAUUCUACGCAGCUGCAACAGAACCGAUGGAGAUACGCGCGGCGCAUGGAAAGCGACUGAGCGAAUUCAUUUUAUCCAACGACAUCGAG